GAGAGAGAGAGAGAGAGAGGGGGGGUGGAAUCAGAGCGGUAAGAUGCUGUCAGGUUGCCGUGGUUUCAGCCUCUCUUCUCUUGUCGUCGGGGAUGUGUUUGUGUGCUGCUGAAGGGUGAGUGUGUGAGUGUGUAUGUAUGUGUGUGUGUGUGUGUGUGUGUGGAGAGAGCUGUGAUUCCUACAGCUGUGAGGAUAUCUGACAGAAGGAAGAGUGGAAGAGAGAGAGGACGAGAGGAAGGAGGAAAGGAAGAGAGGAAGGACGGAGGUGUUGGAGGGUGGAUGUGGAUUAACGUUGCCGCAGCGAGUCAUCGUUUCCUGUGAGCUGCAGAGAUCUGGGAGGACGACAGGAAGAUUCAUCAUUCCAUCUUCAUUUCUGCACAGCUGAAGGAGGGAAGGACGGGGAACAGAAGGAGGAAGGAGACACUGAAGGACACAGUCAAGGAAGGAUGGAGGCAGUUUGAGUCCUCGCUGAUCCUCCGGUCUUUGGGAAGUCAUGACGUCUCAGGAAGACGCAUCUUCCUUCAGGAGGUUUUUUCAAUACGUGGAGGACAGUGGCCUUCGAACGUACGACGGACUGGUGAUCCAAAACGCCUCCGACAUCGCCAGAGAGAGCGACCGCAUUCGUAACCAGACCAACUGGAACUACUUGCAGGAAAAACACCAGAAGAAGAGACGGCAGGAAGACGCCAUCAAGAGGAUUGGUGAAGAUGUUGCCAUGGCAACAGAUGGGGCGUACUCUGGAAAACAUUUCAGGAUGGGUUUCAUGACGAUGCCUGCGCCUCAGGACCGUCUGCCCCCCCCCAGUCAGGGCUUCACCGUGCGGUCCCAGUCACUGCACUCGGUGGGCGGAGCAGACGACGACUCCAACCCCAACAGGAAACAACCUCCGCCCAAACCCAAGAGAGACCCCAACACCAAGCUGAGCAGCAGCUCCGAGACGGUGGACACUGGCGGCACCAAGAAAGAUGCUCAAGAGCCCAAAGAGACGCUGGAGCAGGCUGAAGCUCGAUCUUUCUACAACGAGGACUACAGAAAGAUGCCUCCACCCAAACCCAAAAGGAAUCCCAACACUCAGCUCAGCACCUCCUUUGAUGACUCCUACAUCCGUAACCACGGCAACAGGAAGUCUUCCCUGCGAUGGGACAAGUCUUCGUCCCAGAGUCAGAGCCCGGCGUCGAGAGACACGGACGACGAGGAGCCCGUCUACAUCGAGAUGGUGGGAAACAUCCUGCGGGAGCUGAGCGGACAGGAAGCGGAGGAUGAGCAGAGCGAGGCGGUGUACGAGGAGAUGAAGUACCCCUCGCUGGACGAUUACCUGCAGGACCCCGCCGCCAUCUUGGACCCUGACGCCUGGGCGGCCCGCAGCUCACUCUGCGACAUCCCACCGCCUUUCCCCAACCUGCUGACGCACCGCCCACCACUGCUUGUCUUCCCCCCCGCUCCCGCUCAGUGCUCCCCCAACUCAGACGAGUCCCCGCUCACCCCGCUAGAUGUUACCCGGCUGCCCGUCAUGGACAACGUCUCAUACAGCAAGUCGGGCGGCGCCGAACCCCCGCAGAGCUCCACGCAGCACCGCAAGGAGAAGGAAAGGGACCGAGAUCGAGAUCGAGACCGAGACCGAGACCGAGACCGAGACCGAGACCGAGACCUGCCCUCCACCCACACCAUCACUUCCUCCGGCCGCUCUUCAGCUCCGCCCCUCCCCUCCAACCUCUACAAGUCAACUGGCUCUGCCCACAGUGGCCAUGGUUACCCCCGCAGCCAAUCAGCGUGUCCGUCUCCGGUCAGCAUGGGUCGCUCUCUGACUCCUCUGAGUCUGAAGAGACCUCCGCCGUACGAUGCUCUGAUGGCCGGAGGAAGCAUGCCCCGCUCCUCCUCCUCCUCAUCUUCAUCCUCUCACAGGGCUGGGGAGGGCGGGGCUAGACUCAGUAACUCCUCCUCCACCCACGGCUCCAUGCAGAAUGUGGCGAUGAGGUCACAGACUCCCACCAGCCCAUUGGACGAACUCAACAACGUGUUUACGUCAGGUCGACCAGCAAGGAAGAAAGGAGCAGGCAGGAAGAGCCGCGGCAGUGAAGGAGACUCCAGGUCUCUGCCUAGACACCGUAGUAAAGACAGAGAUGGACAGUCUAGUCCAGUUUCCAGCCGGAUGGGUCGGUCGUCUGUCAGCCCGACCAUGAUGUUGUCUGGAGGAGAAUCAAAGAGUCCACUCGGCCGUUCGGCUUCAACGUCUGGAGUUCCUUCACCCCAACGCCAUCUACACCCCGCUCUCAGCCAGAUGCCGUGGCUCUGCGGAGACGCCACCAUGAUGGAGACCAUAGAGAAGAAAAGGUUUCUGUGUCGAGAGAUAAAAGCUCGCCAGCGUCCAGAGAAGAAUCUGUGCAAACAGGACAGCAUGCCCAUCCUGCCCAGCUGGAGGAGGAAGCAGCCGCCACCGUACUCUGCACCGCCCAGCGCUGCCGGACACAACGCUGCCGGACAUACCGCCACCGUGUUCUGGGACACUGCUAUCUGAAGACACAUGUUCUGGGACACUGCUAUCUGAAGACACCGUGUUCUGGGACACUGCUAUCUGAAGACACCGUGUUCUGGGACACUGCUAUCUGAAGACACAUGUUCUGGGACACUGCUAUCUGAAGACACAUGUUCUGGGACACUGCUAUCUGAAGACACGUGUUCUGGGACACUGCUAUUUGAAGACACGUGUUCUGGGACACUGCUAUUUGAAGACACGUGUUCUGGGACACUGCUAUCUGAAGACACCUGUUCUGGGACACUGCUAUCUGAAGACACAUGUUCUGGGACACUGCUAUCUGAAGACACCGUGUUCUGGGACAUUGCUAUCUGAAGACACCGUGUUCUGGGACAUUGCUAUCUGAAGACACAUGUUCUGGGACACUGCUAUUUGAAGACACGUGUUCUGGGACACUGCUAUCUGAAGACACAUGUUCUGGGACACUGCUAUCUGAAGACACAUGUUCUGGGACAUUGCUAUCUGAAGACACAUGUUCUGGGACACUGCUAUCUGAAGACACCGUGUUCUGGGACACUGCUAUCUGAAGACACAUGUUCUGGGACACUGCUAUCUGAAGACACCCUGUUUUCUGGGACAUUGCUAUCUGAAGACACAUGUUCUGGGACACUGCUAUCUGAAGACACCGUGUUCUGGGACACUGCUAUCUGAAGACACCCUGUUUUCUGGGACAUUGCUAUCUGAAGACACCGUGUUCUGGGACACUGCUAUCUGAAGACACAUGUUCUGGGACACUGCUAUCUGAAGACACAUGUUCUGGGACACUGCUAUCUGAAGACACAUGUUCUGGGACACUGCUAUCUGAAGACACAUGUUCUGGGACACUGCUAUCUGAAGACACAUGUUCUGGGACAGCGCCAUCUAAGGCUACAUUUACACUGCUACGUUUUGGUUUGAAAAGGAAUAUCUUCUGCCAAGUUUCUCCCUCUCAUUCCCCCUGCUCUAGUGUUUCCCCUCUCAUUCCC